AUGACUGAGUGUGUUACGGGGGCUCUGGAGCACCUCCGCGCUGAGCUGGAAGAAGCCAGUCUCACCGAGCACUGUGUGCUUUCAGUGAACUCCUGUACCAACUUACCAAAACAAAGAGUGGAAGAUGUCCGCCUUAUCCGAGAGCAGCAUCCUACCAAAAUCCCGGUGAUAAUAGAAAGAUACAAGGGGGAGAAGCAGCUUCCCGUGCUGGACAAGACCAAGUUCCUUGUGCCAGACCACGUCAACAUGAGUGAACUUAUCAAAAUCAUCAGGCGCUUGCAGCUCACCGCAAACCAGGCCUUCUUCCUGCUGGUGAAUGGACACAGCAUGGUGAGCGUCUCCACACCCAUCUCAGAGGUGUACGAAAGUGAGAAGGAUGAGGAUGGCUUCCUGUACAUGGUCUACGCCUCUCAGGAGACGUUCGGAAUGGAAUCGGCUGUGUAA